AUGGUCAACGUAUUCCAACGCCUCACUCGACGCCGAGCCCAAAGCUCCAGCAGUAACCCACCAGACCUAGACGCAGACACCACGGGCCCCAAUUCCGCAGCAUCCCAUCCGCACGGAAUACGCCGGACAGUGAGCACGAGCUCCGGCACACGCAGCUGGCGAUAUGAAGAGCCAUCUUCCCGACACCUCAUCCUGAUCUCCGACACCGUGGAGUUCGAUACCCAUCUAGUCCACCUCUUUCAGGCGGAAGGAUUCGAUGUGAUCUAUAUCCCGUUCCUCGGCAGCGGGAAUGUAGAGAGAGAUAUGAAAGCGCUGAAGAAUGCGGUGCACGAGAAAGAAGACGAACUCGAGAAUGGAGAGCGGUAUGCGAUAGUUGCAUAUCACCGACCUGCCUACCUCCUCCUAGCCUUACACCACAUAGUAUACAGCAACACAAACCCAUUCCCACACCUGUGUGCCUUGAUAGCCUACUACCCCCUCUCCUCAACCGACCAAUUCACCUACAAGGAAAAAGAAAACUGCUCGCCACCAGGCUGCUCAGACACAGCUGCAAUCUUCGGCCCAGCCGCCAAGUCAACAUACCUCCCAAUCCAAAUCCACAUUCCAGGCCCACGAGUCCAGCCCUGCGCGCUGUGGCCAUGGAUCGAGCUCAGCACCUCCGAAGGCGACGUCACCUACAAGAAAAAACACCGAUGCUACGUGUACACGUACCCGGAGUCCAAAGCCGGGUUCGCGGAGCGGGAAGUUGCCGAGGAGAAAGAAGGCGAAAUGGAUGUGGAAUUGAACGCAGAUGACGAGAUCAGCUCGCAAUUGGCGUGGAGUCGCACGCUAGGGUGUCUGCGCCGCUCGUUCAAUGUUGGGAGCCAAUGGGCUGUUAUCGAUAUCGAGACUGUCUGGGAAGAAUACUGGGACCGUGUGCUGGGGGAGAUGGAGAUGCGGAAAAAACAUCAGCAUUCUAGUGCUGAGCCGGCGGUGGGGAUGUUGACCGGUCAUGGUCAUUAUGGCGAGAUGGGGUGUCCUGCUGGUGAGGUCUUUGUGAAGUGUAUUCCUACUCAGGCUGGGGGCUCUGAUAUCGCAAGCCUGCGGGAUUUCUUCGCUCAUGUGUAUAUUCCUGCUGGGCCGGUUGAUCAGCAAAUCCGCCUGCUUUCACGCACUGUAGGUGUGGAUCGUAUCGUGGAUGAGAUGUUGUUCUCCUGUCGGCAUACUGCUGAGAUUCCAUGGCUGCUACCUGGUGUUUCGCCGACGGGGCGAGAUAUCCAGGUCAUUAUCGUUGUAGUGGCAUCCUUCAAUGCUGGUCAGAUAACACGCCAGAAUCUUUAUUGGGACCAGGCUGGUGUGCUAGUGCAGGUUGGAUUGUUGGAUCCGGGACUUGUGCCGUCAUCAAAAUCCGGCGAAGGAUAUUGA